UGAGGACGUAGUCAAUGCUUCGCUUGCGUCAAGCGUUGCUGUACAUACUUGUUUGUUAAAUAGUUUAGUCUGCAGCGCGCCGUCCAGUCGAUCGGUCGUGUUUGUGUGCAAUAGUAAAAUUUAGUAAUAUUUGUUAAUAUAUCUAGUUGCAUUCCUAAUUUAUUCUAGUGUUUAAUAAUAGUUUAAUAGUCAUAAUAAUUGACAUUUUAUAAACUGUGAACGUGGUAAAACUGCUUCGAGUGAUAAAACGGAGUGAAUAAAUAUUGUAUGCGACGGUUAGAAAUGAGUGGUUUGACCAUCAGAGUAAAAAGAGGAUCGAGGGGCAGUGCUACACUUUUGGAAGCAGCCAACAGAAUUCUAAAACUCCUUGGUGUCAGUUCAUCGAAACGCGGGAAACAGUCCUCGCCAAAAGCGAAGUCUAACGGCCGAGCUGCCAGUGAGGUACGGGCACCCAUAGCCACAGCAGAGUCAUUGGUGGAAUCACCCAAGAUGCAAGCUUCUCAGGCCGCUGCUACUCCUGUUUUGGCUCCGCAAUCUACACACGGUUCCAGCCAAUCUCACAGACAUACGAAGAGAACAGCUAAAGACUACAUAUUCGGCAAAUUAAUCGGGGAAGGCUGCUACAGCACAGUAUUUUUGGCGAAAGAUAUUCACACAGGAAAAGAAUAUGCAAUUAAGGUUUGCGAAAAAAGUCACAUUGUGCGUCAUCAAAAAGUUCAAUACAUUAAAAGAGAGAAAGACGCCUUGAAUUUGCUGUUCCAUGUGCCUCAUGGUUUCGUAAAGCUAUAUUGCACUUUCCAAGAUGAAGAAAGGCUAUAUUUUGUUUUGUCCUAUGCGAAAAAUGGAGAACUACUACAUUAUAUAAACAAAGUUGGCUCGUUUGAGUUAAACGUGGCUAGAUUCUACGCUGCUGAAUUAUUAUUAGCUUUAGAAAAGAUGCAUGCUGAAGGGAUUAUACAUCGUGAUCUAAAACCUGAAAAUAUUUUACUAGACGAAAGUAUGCAUCUUCAAAUAGCUGAUUUUGGUACAGUUAAAAUUCUCAAUCCUAAAGAUAUUCGACCAACACACGACAAAGAAAAUGAGGACUCAAAGGAAAAAUGCGAUGAUCAGUCAAAUGAACGCUCAAGAAAGAUUAGUUUUGUUGGAACUGCACAAUACGUAAGCCCAGAUCUAUUGCAGAAUCGAAUCGAUACACGUGCCUCGGAUCUGUGGGCUUUAGGCUGUAUUAUAUACCAGAUGAUUUCAGGACUCCCACCAUUUAGGGCUUCAACAGAAUUUUUGACAUUUCAAAAGAUAUUAAAAAUGGAUUACGAAUUUCCUGAAGGGUUUCCGGCUGACGCAAAGGAUUUAGUUGAAAAGCUUUUAGUUCUCGAUCACUCAAAACGUCUUGGAGCCACUGAUAUUGGAAACACAUAUGAAAGUAUACGCACACACCCCUUCUUUGAAGGUAUCGAUUGGGAUGACGUAUGGAACCAAACACCACCAACUAUAUGCCCUUAUUUACCUGGCGGAUCAUUUGAAGAAGAGUACACUGUACCAGACCACUUAGAACCAGGUUUAGGCAAAGAUCAAUUAGUCCGAUUGUGGGAGAUUGACCUUUCGACAUCAAGAGGUAUCCUAAAUAUAAGUUCAGAAGAGAGAAGACGACGCUUGGAUGUACAAGCACGAGAAAAUAAAUGGCACCAGUUUGUAGAUGGGGAGUUGAUUUUAAAGCAAGGUUUGGUGGAGAAGAGGAAAGGUCUUUUUGCAAGACGGCGGAUGCUUUUAUUGACAACGGGGCCACGAUUAUUCUACGUAGAUCCUGUUAAUAUGGUUUUGAAGGGUGAAAUUCCAUGGUCGCCAGAUCUACGAGUUGAGGCCAAGAAUUUCAGAAUAUUUUUACUACACACACCAAACCGCACAUACUACUUAGAAGACCCCGAGUCGUACGCCCUAGAAUGGAGUAGAGUUAUUGACGAGGUGCGUAUAGGCACAUACGGCCGUGACACAACUUAAGAGCGCAGUCAGUGCGCUGCCUCGAGUCGCAUUAGGGCCGGGCUGCACGGCGAGUGCAUACUUUAGGAUAGAUCUAGCCUUCAUCAGAGUCUGACUGGCCUGUGCCCUGAGAGCGGAAACCGAAGUUUGCAACGGCCACGACAAAGAAGCGCCGCUAAGCGGGCGGCACAUGUUCCUAAACGCUUCCGAACGAGGAAGAGAACGCGAGAAUGCAACCGAAUAGUGUCAAGGCAAUUGACUGAUUCCUAACAAUCCUGACUCAUAAAUCAUAAUAGGUCUUUAAUUAAAUAGCAGGAGUGAUCUGUAAAUAUUUGUCGCAAUUGUUUAGAUUUAAUGUUAUGGGCCUCGGGCCUCGAGUAAGAUUGGACUUGUUAAUCGCCACCUGAGUGUUCACAUAGACCAUUCCUGUUGGUAUCUAGAUAAUUUUGUAGCUAAAUUAAUAUUUAUUUAUUUAUUGCCAACGGAAUGUGACUGUUGUACAGUUUAUUUAUAAAUAGGAAAUUGGUUGAUUUCUGUAGGGUACACCUGUAAACGACUAUUCUUGUUAGCUUUAAGUUGUUUUCUAAUGGCAGUGGUAUAUUAAAGAAAGAAAUCGACCAAAUGAAUGAUGGAUAGCUUCUAAGAAGUAAUGAAACUGGGCAAAAGUUGUGAGACUGAUUCAAUUAUAUCUAGUUUGUCUCUGCUUUUGUCUGGUUUAUUUUGAACUCUCCAAUAUUCUUGUUGAGAGUGUUAGGCAUAUUAUGCAGUUAAUGAAAAUUUCACAUGUAUACUGAUUGAGCCAUUAAAGGCACUAAAUUAACAUGACUUAUGCUGAUUAUAAUUUAUUAAAAUUAUUUAUAGUAGAAUGAUAAAUUAGAAUUGAGUUUAAUUGGAUAUUAAGUUUAAUGUCAUGGCUUAUCCUAUGUAGACUUAAGUAUAUAAUGCUUAUGAUUUCCUAAAACAAUAAGAACUUAUGCCUAAACUUGCCUGAGCUUGUGAGGAGGUUCUUUAUUUUGGAUUAGAUCCAUUUCAAAUUAGCAAAAUAUAGAGAAUUCUUUUUAGUCUGUUGUGGCACUUUCAAGAAGUCUCUGACUGUAAAAUUAAAUAAAUGCAAAUAAACUGUAACCAAACCCAUCGGAAAGAUGCAAACCAAAUGAAACUAGUACCAUUUAUAUAAUGAUUAGUAAAACUAGUAUUGUCAUUCGAUUAAACAAAUAUCAUGUAACAAACUUGUAAUGGAUCAUUUUAAUCUUUAAGUAAUUUACAAGUCUUGCUUAAAAAAAAUUGUAAUAAAAUAACAACACUUAAAACCAGAAUUAAUUUAAGUUCAUAUAUCUUAAUACAGCUGCAGCAUUUAGAAUUGGUAUUUUAGUUCAAUAUUGGUGAAAAAUCAACAUAUGACAUUACAACUGACUUGCAUUUAAAUAUUGAUUGCAGAUUCAACUUGUUUAUGUAAACUGUACCUAUUAAUUCCAAGGAGCAAAAUAAAUAAAGUUGAUUUUGAAAUAAG